AUGAAAGGGAAGUUGAUGAAGAAGCUGUUGUCAACGAAGCCAACAGGGUACUUGAAGGAAACUAGAGUUCUCCACGUGAAUGCAGCAGAUGGGUUCAUUGGGGCAUUGAUAACGAGGCCUGAAACCCCAGAGUUGGUGGUACCCAAAGAAGUGGAAAAAGAAAAGGUUAAAGAUUGUAGCUUUGUUGCUGAUCAAGAACCUGAUGUUAUUGAUGUAAAUGAGCUUAUGAAAGAUCUUGAAGAAGAGGAAGAGGGGGAGGAGGAGGGAAUGGAAAUGGAGGUUGAUGAAGACAAGGAAAAUGUUAGGCCAGUAGUGAAGGCAAGAGUGGGUCUUUUUGGGGUUAAAGAUAAGGUGGAGUCAAAAGGGUCUCAAUUUAGGCAAAUCCCUUUGUCAGAGAUUGAUAUCUCAUCUUUCCAGCGACCGGAUUUGAAUUCUGAUGGCCUUUUUUACCCGAAUUUAUCGACUGCCUUUGAAAAAGCAGCGAAAGAUCACAUGGGAGUGGGUGGAGAAGAGAGAAGAGAAAGUAUCGACGGGGAGAAUCUUGAAAGAAUAAGGGAAGCACAAACACAGGCAAGAACUCAGCAAGAAAAUGUUGAAAAGAGCCGAGAAGCGGAGAGGAAUCUUGAAGACAAGGAAGAAGAGCCACCCUUAAAAGCUCGUCGAAUCGAAGACGAUGAUGAUACAGGUGACCCUAUAUUAGGCUUCCCAGAGAAGUGUCCACCAGGAGGCAGUGACUCAGUAAUUCUCUACACAACAACACUUAGAGGGAUAAGAAAAACUUUUGAGGAUUGUAACAGCAUUCGCUUUCUUUUAGAGAGUUUUCAGGUACUUUUUUUUGAGAGAGAUGUGUCAAUGCACAUGGAGUUUAAGGAGGAGUUAUGGAGGAUUUUGGAUGGCAAGGUGAACCCUCCAAGGCUUUUCAUCAAGGGGAGAUACAUAGGAGGUUCUGAGGAGGUUUUGGGUUUGCAUGAGCAAGGCUGGUUUAGAGUGCUCUUUGAAGGGAUCCCAAUUGACAGAUUCAUUGGCUCACCAUGUGAAGGAUGUGCUGGUGUUAGGUUUGUUCUCUGUUUCAAUUGCAGUGGCAGCCAUAAGGUUGUCGCCGAAAAUGGGUUGUCAAAUAUAUGCCAGGAUUGCAAUGAGAAUGGUCUGAUAACCUGUCCCCUUUGCUGUUGAAGAUAAUUGUAUUGAAUUUGUCCCUUGUGUAUCACUUACAUAUUUUUUUCAUUAUCUUUCGAGGCUUGUUUGGAGGAUUCUUUUAAUACUUUUUGUAAUGCCCGUGGAAGAAUAUGGAAUCUUUGGGUGUUUUAAUGUACUAGUUUGUGAAUUGGAAUCUGUUUUUCCAUAUUCACCCCUGUAAAAUAAAAAGAGAAUACGCAUGUUAUACCUU